CGCCGUACAUGAUUGACAUUUGAUAUUCAGCCGAUGAGGUUUGGUCGACGGUAUAUAUCUAGGAACAUUGGAAUAUUUGAAUCCGCUGCAGCAAAUUAAGUGACGCAUGCACUUUUUGUGCAUCUAAAGUGGACAAGAUUUUCUGAGUUACUUCCAUGAUGAGUGCUCCUUUGAUUGGACAUGGACAGGAUACCCCAGAUACAUUCAAUAGGGGAUCACUGGGAUUUAAUUCUGACCGUGUACCGUCAAAUUAUCAUAGUAGGGAUUUUAUUCGAAGACCUAAUUUAAAUCAAAGUGACAGUGUUUCAUCCAAUGGUGGUUGUCCACCUUUGAACCCUGUGUCUGAAUUCACCUCUUUGUCAAGACCCGAUCCCAAGUAUGCUGACUAUUCCCUCAAACAGAAACGGGUUGAGUCCUACAGGAACUGGCCGCCUUCGGCAAAACAAAAACCAGAAAACUUAGUAGAUGCAGGAUUUUUCUAUACAGGUCAAGCGGACAGUGUGAGGUGUUACUUGUGUGGUACAGGACUUCGUAACUGGGACCCCGAGGAUGAGCCCUGGGUGGAGCAUGCUCGCUGGGCCCCAGAGUGUUUCUAUGUCCGUGACAACAAGGGUCAAGAGUUCAUCAAUCUUGUACAGGUCGCUGUGCGACAACAACAGAUGCAAGAAGCAUUACAGCAGCAAACUGAUGCUAUGGCAAGAGAAGCCACGGACAUAGCGGCGGACUGUGUACCGCCCAAUGUAGAAACAGAAUUUCAGAGUAAUGCUGCAUCAAGUCAGCCCUCAACGUCAGGACGAAAACAACCGACGAACGCCGAGAGAAAGAACCCCCUCCUCAGUGAUGCGGCUCAGAGUGUACUGGCAAUGGGUUACCUCCCCCGAAUUGUCAAGAUGGCGGUGGACAAAGUUCUCCAGUCUAAAGGUUGGGAUGGAAUGUCCGGAUCAAACAUCGCUAAUGAGAUUUUCGAUAUGGAGGAAUCAGGUGAAAUUGACAAGAACAGCUGUAUGGUCCCAAAAGUUGAGUUUGAUAGUUCCUGGAAGAAAGUGAAUGAAAGAGUACCGGAAGAUAUGAAGGACCUUGUUCAGAAAAACAGUGAAAUGAAAGAGAGGACAAUGUGUAUUUUGUGUUGCGAGGAGAGAGUGUCCAUUGUUUUUUUACCCUGCGGUCACUUGGUCAGUUGUGCCCAGUGCUCCCCUGCUUUAAAAAACUGCCCAGUUUGCCGGGAGUCAAUAAAAGGGACAGUACGAGUUUUUUUCGCAUGAGUUGGUCAAACAAAAACAAAAAUCAUAUAUCAUUCAUAAAACAAAGCAAAUGCAUGAACUUUAUCAUUUUACUGACAUUUUAUAUUAUUUUAUAUAAGAUUAGAAAAAAAUGUAAAACGAAAAGAAAUAAUAUACAUAUAUGUUGCAAUUUUUUUUUGGGAGGGG